UCGCAUAUCCGCAGGGAAAAUACUUUCGUGGUGAAGUUUUUUUGUCAAUAAGAAACCGUUUUAUGCACUUGGUCUAUUCCCUCGUCUGUCCCUGAGAAAUGGAUCCAUUUGUAACGUCUGUGAAUGGGGUUUCUUUUACCGAAGCUGCUGAGAUCCUGACAACAGAAGACCCAUUUUCUGGUCCGCUCAAAGGGAUCGCGCCUUGGAACUACACGGUUCUGGCGUGCUUAAUGUUCAUCGUCACCUCUUUGUCACUGUCUGAAAAUUUCACCGUAAUGCUAGUCACUUUUCGGUUCAAACAGCUGCGACAGCCUCUUAAUUACAUCAUCGUCAAUCUGUCUGUGGCGGACUUUUUGGUCUCUCUAAUCGGAGGAAGCAUAAGUUUUCUCACCAAUGCAUACGGGUAUUUUUUUCUUGGAAACUGGGCUUGUGUUUUGGAAGGAUUCGCGGUCACAUAUUUCGGGAUUGUGGCUCUUUGGUCCUUGGCAAUCUUGGCCUUUGAGCGGUUCUUUGUGAUUUGCCGUCCGCUGAAGAAUGUGCGUCUGGGAGGUCAUCAUGCUGCUCUUGGCAUCCUGUUUGUCUGGAUAUUCUCUUUCAUCUGGACCAUUCCACCUGUGCUUGGCUGGAGCAGCUACACCACCAGUAAGAUUGGCACCACCUGUGAACCCAACUGGUAUUCCACAGACUUCUACGACCAUACUUACAUCAUCACUUUCUUCUGCACCUGCUUCGUCCUGCCCCUGUCUGUAAUCAUCGGCUCCUAUGCCAAACUCAUGCAAAAGCUGAGAAAGGUGUCCAAUGCGCAUGGCAGGUUGGGUAACACCAGGAAGCCAGAUGGUGAGGUGGCACAAAUGGUCAUUGUCAUGAUCGUUGCCUUCAUGGUGGGCUGGACACCCUACGCAGUGUUUUCCAUCACUGUAACAGCCUGUCCCACAAUCUAUAUGGACCCACGACUUACUGCCGUUCCUGCUUUCUUCUCCAAAACUGCCGCUGUCUACAACCCAGUCAUCUACGUCUUCAUGAACAAACAGUUCAGAAAGUGUCUGAUCCAGAUGUUCAAAGGCAGCAGCGCUACUCGGGAGACCAGCAUGAGGCAGACCUCUGACCGUGGAGCAACUGCUGAAAGCCAUAUGGGUGAGAUGUCCACCAUUGCUGCUCGUAUCCCCCUGUCCAGCUUGCCAGAUGAGAGCUCUUUGUCCAGGUGCGCAGUUGAGACCAGGCAGGAUCCCCAAGAGUUCAGCUUAUCCAACUCAUUGUCUGUUCCUGCCAAAAAAGUCUUCCCCAUGUAGGAGAACUUGACCAACACCUCCCAUUCUGUCACGCCUUCUGUAAUUCCCUGCUGUGCCCAGUCCUGUCAAAGGAUGUUCGUGAUUCUGUUUUCUCACUUUUGUGCUAAGCUCGUACACUCCUGACCUCUGUACAUCUGCACGCAAGAAACAGAGAUGACUGGGGAAGUAUUUCUCACAAAGGAAUCUAACAGUGUGAAGUACUUUCUGUUUCUCACAAAGAUCAAUGAAAAAUUGCUGUUACAUAGCAACAAAACACUGCAUGCCGCAAUGCCAGUCAUCUAAUUGUGAAAAGUACAAAAUAGGAUUCUGCUUCAGUAUGUUUAAAAAAAAUUUAAUAAAAAUGAUGUCCAGUUUAAACAUUUAAUCCGGCUAACAGGGGACUCCUAAUGUCUGUCACUUGUUGAGGCUCUGUGUCCAAGUCCUAGAGAGCACAGUCAGGCAGUGUCACACACAUAGCCAUCUUUACAGCAACUGCACUUACUGAGUAAAAUCCGUUCCAAUGAGUAAUUGUCUUACAUUGUUCAUAACUGUAUUGCCUCUUAUGUCCUUUGUCUUUGGUGUAUUACAGUACAAUUGUUUCUCUUCUGGAUGUUCCGGUGUUUCGGAGUAGCUAAAUAGUUUUUUUCCGCAUACUGCAUGUGCAAAGUAUACAGGAUAAGACAGGAAGCAAAUAAGUGUGGAUGUAAGGGCGGAUUAUAAAAAGAGUAAUUGAGAUUAUGAAAAGAGGAACUGAGCAAUACCUUUUCAGAAUAGGGUUGUGUUGUGUUUAAGCUCUGUUGAUGUACAGCAGCACCUACUCUGCUUAACCCUUGUGUUCGGUUUGGGUCAAAUUGACCCUUAAUAAAAAGAGUAAUGAUACUUUUGAGAGACGUAUUUCAUAACCAGUGACUAAACCAUCGUAGAUUUGGUUAUUGUUUUGUGUUUCUAUUUGUU